GUCGAUAGAUAACCGUUUCGAUAAGUUAUGGUGAGGAAUGGGUGGUUGUCCAAAGUAUUGAUCAUCAGUAUUACCCGAGAUCUCGUCGGGGCAGGAGUGCUCUUCAGCAGAAUGAAGUGCUUUAUAGUCGUAGUACUGCUUUUCGCAGUUAGCUUGGUGAACGGCCAGAACGAGUUCCCAGCAGACUUUAAGUUUGGCGUAGGUACGUCCGCCUACCAGAUCGAGGGUGCAUGGAACGAGGAUGGAAAGGGGGAAUCCAUAUGGGAUUAUCUGGUGCACAAUCACCCCGAGAAGAUUGCCGAUAAAACGAAUGGUGAUGUGGCAUGUGACAGCUAUCGACUUUGGCGUCGAGAUGUAGAGAUGCUGAAGGAGCUGGGUGUGGACAUCUAUCGGUUCUCAAUCGCGUGGACUCGCAUCAUGCCCACUGGACUCAGCAACCAGAUAAACCAAAAGGGUGUUGAGUACUACAACAAUCUGAUCGACGCACUUCUCGAAAAUGGUAUCACGCCAAUUGUGGUCCUUUACCACUGGGAUUUGCCCCAACGGCUGCAGGAAAUGGGAGGUUGGACCAACCGGGAAAUCGUCGGGCACUUCCGCGAGUACGCCAAGUUUGCGUUUGAAACGUUCGGCGAUCGUGUCAAGUGGUGGACUACGUUCAACGAACCUCUGCAGACCUGCCGGCAGUCAUACGAAUGGGACGCCAUGGCUCCGGGAACCGAUUUUCCAGGAAUUCCGAGCUAUCUGUGUGCCCACCACCUUCUGCUAUCGCACGCUGAAGCUGUUGAGGUGUAUCGUCAACAGUUUCAAACCCUUCAACAGGGCAAGAUCGGAAUAACGGUCGAUUCGUCCUGGGCUGAACCACGCAGUCAAUCGGCGGAUGACAUCGAAGCUUCCAAUGUGAAUCUACGAUUCUUCAUCGGUUGGUACAUGCACCCCAUCUACAUCGGAAACUACCCCGCGGAGAUGAUCGAACGGGUCGACCGUUUCAGUCAGCAGCAAGGAUUCGCCAAGUCACGCCUCCCCACGUUCACCGCAGAAGAAAUCAACAAACUCCGCGGCUCGUCCGAUUUCUUCGGUUUCAACACGUACACGACGUACAUGGUGCGCAAGAAUGACGAUCAAAACUCGCAAGGCUUCCCGGUGCCCUCCUUCGAUCACGAUCGUGGCGUCGUCGAGUAUCAGGACGAAACCUGGCCAGAAACCGGCUCCAGCUGGUUCCGGGUGUACCCCAAAGGUAUCUACAACCUCCUGAUGUGGAUCAAGAACGAGUACAACAACCCCGAGGUGUACAUCACCGAGAAUGGCUACUCGGACCGCGGGGGCACCAAGGACGAAGGUCGCGUACAGUACUUCAAGGACUACAUGAGCAACGUGCUGGAUGCCGUUAAUGAGGGUUGCAACGUGAAGGGUUACAUCGCGUGGAGUCUGAUGGACAACUUCGAGUGGCGAGCGGGACUCACCGAACGAUUCGGACUGUACUACGUGGACUACAACCAUCCGAACAAGACGCGGGUGCAAAAAUCUUCGGCCAAGUUCUACGCCAGCGUGAUUAAGACGCGCAAGAUCGAUAUGGAGCUGAUGCCGGAACCGGAGGAGUACACGCCGUAUUCGCCCCCGGAUCCGGAUGCGGGAGCGUCGGUUCUGCCCACCGCUUCGUUGAUCGCGGUGGCAAUGGCUAUGCUGCUGAGAAAUUUGUUCUAGGAUCAGUGGUGUUUGCGGUCAACUGAAAAUCAAACAAAAAUUAAGAUAAAAUAAAUUCAUUUCAAAUCAUCA